CGCGCGCUGCUCGCCUCCUGCUGCCCCAAGGGGGAUCGGAUUGGACUGAGGUCCCCGGGGUUUUACCGCACAGCUCCGGUGGCUGCCUGUGGAGAUGCCUGGGAAGAAGGCGCGUAAGAGCGCGCAGCCGAGCCCAGCGCGGGCCCCGGCAGACCCCGAAAUGGAGUGUGCCAUGCAACUCAGGAAAUUUGGAGACAAGCUGAAUUUCCGGCAGAAACUUCUGAAUCUGAUAUGCAAACUCUUCCGGUCGGGAACCUGACUGCUUCUGAAGCUUGAACGAGGAGAUUGCUUUAAAAUGGAAGAUUCCCCAGUAGGUGCAAAUUUAAUCUAGAGGAAAUGCCUUGUGAUGGAGAAGAUCUCACUUGCUUUUUGGACGUCCUUGGAAACGAAGAUGGGAUACAUCAAAGACGGAUUUUUGUUGGAGAUUUCCCAGAAGACAUUUGUUUUGGCUCAUGAAGGUGUUAUAAAACCAUUUUGUUUAUUUUAAAGCAAGAACGGAGGAGCUUUGAAAAAUAAGGACUUAAUUACUUAACAGUUUGUUUUUACUUCUGAAAUUAUUCCGGUAAUUUUGCUGAGGAUUGCUGUGCAGCCUACUGUAAGCGGAGUUGGCAGAUGAAUGGACAGUGGUCAGAGGCAAAAGAAAACAGAAUGUGUUCAGUGUUAGGUUUUAUUUUGGGAUGACAACUCCAAAGUGAGGUGUAAGACUUGGUUUAUAUAUUAUCUUGUUAAAAGUAAACAUUUCAUUCUGAGAACACUGAAUGUUGUAGAGAGUGUGGAUUCCACAGUUCACUACAAAAUAUAAAAUGAUUUGAAAGCUU